CUCCAUCCACCAUGGGGUUCAAGUUAUUAGUUAUUAGGGGGACUCUCGGCCCGCACUCGGCGUGUCAACAACUUGAAAAGCCGUCCACUGGCAACUUCAAGUUGAAGUGACAAAACCCCCCCGGGCUGCCUUUCUCCGCGAGGUUGACCGCGCAUGGGAGCUACAAGUAGGGCAGAUGCAAAUAGUGUCAUUGCAGUGGGCGAAACGAUCUGUAAAGUUGCCACUGCAAUGAAAAUGCUCAUUGCUGGGCGAUGCAGUGCUGGGUGAAUUUCUGUGUGCUAUGUACACUCUGCAAUUCGGGACAAUUGCAAGCGCACUCUCUCUUUCUUCUUCGAUAUCCAGCCCAAACCCGGAAGGCUAAGGUAGGUAGGUAGGUGCUUGGUGUUUUUGGCGAGAAUUCAGCCCUCGCCAACCGGGCAGUCAGCCACGUAUGCUGCCCUACCGAGCAUGUCUUGUGAAAUUGCCACGGGUUCUUACAACUGUCUUCAAGCAACAAUUCAAUCGCGGGCGGCUGGAUUUCAACAGCACGAUCGAAAGCCUGGCUAGGUGCUUGGUUGGUACCAAUGGGCGAGUCCAUAAAAGAACAACACGCAGCAGCCAACAAAGCCGAACGUCGUUGACAUGCCUAUACGCAGCACCUGAAGUCUCUCCUAAACGGCAUAUACGCGGAACUGCAGGGCAACGCAGAAACGAUUUUUCCUACCGUUGAAAACGCUCCAACUCCUCGAGCAACAUCAACUUAUUGUUACGGCGUUGUCCCAACUAACUGACGAAAGAGUACGAUCUCAAACACAAGGCCAGGAUUCCUAAGCACAAGUGCUCGGAAUUCAUGUCAUAUUGGGGCAUACUCCCAUGCGGUCGUGGACCCGUUCGUGACAGCGGUGUUGCGAAAGGCUGCAGAGAAGUCCAGGGGUCGAGAGAAGCUCGUGUGGUCAGAUAGAAGGGAGAAGGGUUCAGAAGGAGGAGGAUGUAAUGCCACCUACAGCGCAGAACUUGAACAGCAAUGUCACAGAGCGAUUUGUCUAUUGUCAAGCUUACCUAGUAAGGACCUUCCAGAAGUCGAACAAAGGAUACUAUUACGGAUGACACGAGUCGUACUAGUAUCUCUCCUUGGGCAGAUUCUGAGGUUGUGAUACUGGCAAUGGUCGGUGAGUUCGAAAACUAUGGCAAGGCAGGUGCGAGGUGAGAAGUCCAGUGGAGGGAACUUGAACGCCGUUGCCUGCGCUGCAGUCACCGUCCGAGAACUUGAAGGACUCACGGCUGCCUGCGCCGCUGCCACGCCCCGUUUUUCUCGCUUCAGCCGGGUCUCUACUACCAUUCACCUCGUCCAAACUCCUCCGUCCCAGUCCGUCGUCCAUAACUUGAGAUGCUGUUUUGUCUUCUGUGAAUGAUCCCUCUUCGACCUAGCUCUACCCUUCGUCCUUGUUCAUCCAUUCUUCGGCCAGCCCUCUCGACUCGACGCUUCUAUUUCCCACAAACAUGACGCCCAACAAGCGUCCUGGUUCACAACUGAAUCGACCAUCUGCCGCGAAGGUCCUUCGAUUGGGAGACAAGAGUAGCCAGCACGAUGACAGUCGGCAGCCACACGAAUCUGGCCGACCCGCCGCCACAGAGCCUGACACCCUAUUGCCCGACGAACAUGCAAUAGUUGAAGAGCUUACUGUGACGGUCAAGUUCAUUGAGGCCAAAUCGGUAGCACAUUUCCUUAAGCUUGGCACAAGCGAAUCAAGUCAUGCAAGGCCCUUCCACUGUCUCAUAGGCACUGGUUUACUCACCGACACAAGCUGCUCCUUCAAAUACAGUGACGACAAAUUCGGCCGUCAUUUAUUCUAUUCAGGGAGCGCGCCGCAGUAUGUUCAGGUAACCGUGGCCUGUAAGAACGACCCGGACAAGAUCAUCGGAGCUUGCUAUGCCACACUCAUCAGGAAGGACCGCGACAGGGAAAACUUCUACAGCCACAUGGCACAGGAACUCACCGAGGUGACUCUACUGGCGUUUGACCUCUUUGACCGAUACGGAAGGUUCAAGCAACAAUAUCGGUGUCAUCCAGUCAAAAGAGGCUCCGGUUUCUGGCAGGACCAAUUGAAUAAAGGUGCCAUACUGCUGAUCGAAGACAUCCAUGUCCAAGAAUCCUAUCGGCGGCGUGGAAUUGGUCUGAAAAUGGUGACAAGAUUGCUACACGCCAUGGCCAGGGAAGCACUGAACGGAGAGUUCACUGCGGUCGUCAGGCCCAACGCUACAAAGGACUAUCACUUCCAAGAGGCCGUGUCGGCCAUAUUACAGAAUCAGAAACGGGCCAAGAUGCUUGCGAAUGAAGAUGUCGAGACCAUUCGCUGGUUCAGGCGCUUGGGCUUCAGGCGUAUUGGGUCCUCCAUAUGGUUCGGACUAUACUGUGGCAACGAGCCUUCUCAAUCCUCCAUUGAACUGGACCAAGACCAUGAUCUAACCAGAGAAAUUGCUGGUGCAAAGGUGAAGUUUCCACAGCGUGUGGUUGAAGCCCUGACUGGAGCAAAUAACAAAAACUUCCUGAAAGUGAUGAGACGACAGUUCCACAAUAUACCAUUCGAAGACGACCGAUGGAUGGCCACAGAUGAGGAGGGAAAUACUCUACUCCACAUUGCGGCUCUGCGCUUCUGCUAUGAUGCUUUGAAUUGGCUCAUGGAUGAGGGACCCGGUCCCGCGAUGGCCGAGAUGCGGAACACUGUCGGCGACACACCACUUGAGGCUCUGCUCCUGGAACUUGAAACCCGGAGAACCUGGAAACUAUCCGGAUCUUCUGUAACUCUCACCAUGGACGAGUUUGAAGGACACAGCCGGCAGGCAGUCAAGUGCGUUGCCAGACUGAGAGACCUCGAGCUCAAGACUACCCUUGACUUCAAGCGGAUUGCCUGCGGCUGUACGUGUGGUGAAUGCAUUCAGGGCUUUCUAAGCCCUCGAAUGCGCGACGAGCUCGAAAUAGAGGCCAUUACAAUCUUUAGAACUGGCGAAGAAAAUCUCGACUAUUGUUCUGGGGAGGAAUGGGUUAUGCACUUGCUGGACUGGCUGCCCCUUCUGAAAAGGCACAGCAUCAGGCAGCUUGGUAGAUACAAAGCCAUGCGACGGGGCCUGAUCAAACUCGCUGAAAGUAUAUUUGACUGCCUGGAAGCUUAUCUGCCGCCCGACGAAAGGGCCAUCGAGAUUGUCAUUGACAGCCGGGGCGAUUCGACGAUUGUAGACAAGUUUUUGAUGGGCACUGGGUCCAUUGAGGAGGUGGUGGUAAAUAUAUUUCAUGGAGUCAUGAUGUCGUCUUCUGCGGUCAACGGUGAGAGGGCAGACUUCGACCAUCAGGAAGGCCGGGGGGAGUACUACAGCUUGCCGGAAUGCAGGAAUGACCAUGAAUACCAGUUUGUUCUACACCAGUGCGGCUGGUUUCGCUACGACCUAUCCUGAGAAAAUGUGCCUUUGCUGCUGUCAUUGGGGUUGAUCACCAUGCAAGUGGUAGGGAGUGAUGAGAAUAGAAACAGCAGCCUCGUUCUGAGGCAGUUACGGCACUGAACUUGUGGAAUUCUUCAGAGGUCCAUGCCGCGGUCACAGCGCACAAGCUGAAAAGUACAGAUGGAAGGCUAAAAAUAAAAAGCCAGGAGAUUGUUUCCAAGCUUGCUCUAGAAGGGGUUAAACGACAUAUGAUACACCUUGUCCUUCUACUGAUUUUUUGCCUUGAAGCAUUUAUAACAACUCGACCUGGGUACAAUGCUCGGACGUAUUUAAUUUGUUGUUUCUCACAACUUUCAAGCGAGUUCAAUCAACCCCACUCGGAUACGAUAGACAUUUCCCAAACAUUUGAUCCUGUUUAUGAUACAAAAGAGCCCAGACGCAAUAAACCAGAAAUUGCAUUUUAUUGUCACUCUACUCUCCAUCCUGCGCAUUUUCUUCGCCUUCCUCUUCAUCCUCAUCCAUUCCCUCGGCAACGUCGACGGCAAAAGCCAUGCUCUGAUCGACGCCGACGUACGAGUCGCACAUGAGGAACAAAGUGAGGUCUUUCUUGCCUGGUGUGGGGACAACAUACUCGAGUUUCGUAGCGAGAGUCUUGCCAAUGGUGACGCGCUUGAUGGCCAAGAGGGACUUUGUCUUUUCCUCGGCCACGACGAGCCACCAGUUCUCGAGCUUGCGGACGGGGAAAAACGGCGCAUGGACAGUCAAGUCUACCUCAGCAUCCUCGUCAUCAACUUCGCGCGACACACGGACCUGGAGGUACGAUGGCUGACCCGCAGUAACGGCAUCCUUGUCGACGACAUCAAAUUCAAGUUCGAGACUGGGAUACUUGUUGUUUGUGAAGUUUGCGGCCUCGACGAGCUGGCGGUUCGACAAGCCCAUUGCAGCGACGAGUUUAGGCUGGUCCGGGUUCUCCGAGGGGUCCAUGGCACCCAUGAAAUCGUCAAUGUCCUUGAUGCCGAAUUUGGCGAGAAUCUCGACGAUUUUGGUGUCGAAGUGCGGGAUUUGCAAGAGUGGGCUGUCGCGGUCCCACAUGGCCUGCACGACCAUCUGGGACAUUUCCAUGGCGUUGAUGGCGUUUAAGUGGCCCUCGGAGCUCAACACGUCAACACAGGCAGAUAGCAGACUGAGGACUUUACUGAGGAUCACUUCUUGGUCCUUGGCCAGGUCGAUGGGCAAUUGCAUGCGUGAGAAAUGGGCCUGCAACAAGACCAUGGCUUUGAAGUGCGGCGAGUCGUAGACCGGUUCUGACAUCUUGACGGGGACCCGGUCGUAGAUCCGACGUAGGAUGUGGUCUUCGUGGCGGCGCAUCUGGAUGUCUUCGAACUCGGUGGCCG